UUCAAUAUGUUUCAAACAACUUCUACAUGUUUUAAAACAUUUUAAAAAAACUAUGAUCACAGCCUCUUUGUUUAGUGUGUCGUAAAACGUAGCUUCUGUCCUGCUGUUUUUAGCCGGCUGAUACCUCUGAGUAGGUGUUCUCUUCAUCUUACAGACCAAAAACAUGCUUGUUAUGUUAAUUGGUGAUUUUAAAUUGGCCAUAAGAGUCGGUGUGAGCGUGCGUGGUGGUUUGUUUCUGUGUGGGCCUGUAAUCUGCAGAUCUGCCCACCUCUCCCCAACUGGGAGCUGGAAUUACAUGGAUGAACUUUUUGCUUCUGCUUUUGCUGCACUAUCGACAGAAAAGUUCCAGUUUAUCACGCAAAUUCAAAUCCAAACACAGCUAUGAGUUAGUUUCUUUAUUCACAGCCAUGAGGGGAAAAGUUUCAAUCGGAUCUUUUGUGUAACUCCAUGAUAAUAAUCAUAAAAUUGCUUUGGGUCGUAGAUAAAUACUACCUCAGAUGUAUAGCACGUACUUACUUUACUUUGUCAUUAUUUAUUUGGCAAAAUAAAAGCCAAGAAAAGAAAAUGUGGGCGAUAUCCUGCCUUCUCUUUCUGCUUCCAUUGGUUUCAAGAGGGAGGAGGAGGCAGACAGGGCCGCUGUGUUUUGAUGAAAUUCUUCCCUGCAGGUGUGCACUAAGUUUGGAAAAACCCAACAUUUUAGCAGAAAUUUCUCAUCAGAUGAAGAUGAUGAUUGAGUCAAACUCCUCCGGAUACCAGAACACUCCAGAGGAUCGUAAAACAGGACAAACAUCCAAAGCAAAGCAGCUGCAGCCAAACCGGAGAGUCGGCUGCCCAACGUUUUUAGUAAAUGUUGGGACGAAAAAAUAAAAAAUCCAGCUAUGGGCAGCAGUAUGCCGAGGCGUUCCCAGACCAGCCGAGGGAUCUCUCCAGUGUGUCCUGGCUCCCAGAUCGCCUCACCAGGAAGCCGUCGAGGCACUGAAGCCAGCUGCGAGAAUGAAGGAGAGGUGCUCCACAUCCCCAACAUCACUGACAACCCCUGCAUCACCUGUGUGUGUCUGGACGGGAAAGCGGACUGCAAACAGGAGAAAUGCCCGCCGGUGUCUGAAGACUGCGCUCUGGUCGUGAAACAAACCGGAGCCUGCUGUGAGAGGUGUAAAGGUUGCACGUUAGAUGGACGAUCCUAUAACAGCUCGGAGUCGUGGAUCAGCUCCACCAAACCCUGUAAAACCAGACGCUGUCAGGAAGGUGUGAUCACUGAGGCUGAGGUGCAGUGUGUCAUCCACUGCAAGAACCCCAAAAUCCACCCAAAGAAGUGCUGUCCCACCUGCCCCAGCUGCAUCUUCGAGGGUCGCCUGUAUAAAGAGAAGGAGGAGUUCAGUCCGGAGGGGAAGCCCUGCAUCAAGUGCACAUGCACUGGAGGGCGGACUCUCUGCAUGAAGGAGGUGUGUCCUGUGCUCUCCUGCCCCGCCCACCUGAGCCACACCCCUGCUGGACAGUGCUGCCCCACAUGCAUCGGUCAGAGGAAGGUGUUUGAUCUCUCUUUAGGAAGCUGUCUGUUCCACAGUGAGGUCUAUGAGAACAGCACCUCAUUCGUUCAUGACAACUGCACCACCUGCACCUGCAAGGAUUCAACGGUAGUGUGCAAAAAGUCCUGCUCCCGACCAGGGAGUUGCCAGGGCAACCAGUGCUGUGACCCGUGUGUGUCCUACGUGAAGGUGGAGGAAGUGAAGUACUGCAGAGUUCGCAACAAGAUCUACAGGGAAGGAGACAUGUGGUCAUCGGUGAACUGCACCCUCUGUGCUUGUGUCAAAGGCAGUAUUGAGUGUCGGCCAAAAAAGUGUGUCCCGAUCACCAGCUGCCCCCCGAACAAGAUUCUGAACAGAACCGGCUGCUGUCCAGUUUGCACUGAAAAACCAGGUGUGUGCACAGUUUUUGGGGAUCCUCACUACAACACCUUUGAUGGCCGGACCUUUAACUUUCAAGGAACCUGUCAGUAUGUUUUGACCCAAGACUGCGGUGGCAGCCCCUCUGGGGUAGGAAGCAACCCAGACUCCAACUUUAUGGUGCUGGUGAAGAAUUAUGCUCGGCGGACUCGCUCUUUCUCUUGGACGCAGUCUGUUGAGGUGCGGCUGGGUUCUGUGACCCUCAGUCUGCAUCAGCACCUGACAGUCCGCAGGAACGGCACCCGCAUCGCCCUGCCGUACCAUGGUCCUGGCGUGCACAUCGACCUGGACGGAUAUUUGCUGAAACUCACCUCCAUUGCAGGUCUGGAGAUCACGUGGGACGGGGACAGUUUUGUGGAAGUCGUAGCUGCUCCUCACCUUCGAGGACGCCUGUGCGGCCUCUGUGGCAACUACAACGGUCAGAAACGAGACGACACCAUGGGGGGCGACGGCCAGUUAAAGUUCGACGUAGACGAAUUUGCUGAGUCGUGGCGAGUGGAGGGAAAUGAAGUUUGCUCCCAGAAUCAGCCCCGCAGGCCCACUUCCUUUUUGUGUCCUGGAAGCCCUAAAGUUAAGUUUCGGGCUCAUCGCGAGUGCCAGAAGAUCAAGUCUUGGGAUUUCCAGAAGUGUCACAGUGUGGUGGACUUUGCUCCUUUUUACAGGUCAUGUAUUACAGACAUGUGUGAGUGUCCCAUCCAUAAAAACUGCUACUGUGAGUCCUUCAUCGCCUACAGUCGGGCCUGUGAGAGGGAAGGAGUGGCGGUCCACUGGAAACCGGACAACGUUUGUGUCGCCACCCAGUGUAAGCACGACGCCGUGUAUGACACCUGCGGUCCCGGUUGCACUAAAACCUGUGAUAACUGGAACGAGAUCGGACCGUGCCAGAAGCCCUGCGUGGCCGGCUGCCACUGCCCCGCCAACCUAGUGCUCUUCCAUGGACGCUGCAUUAAACCCACAUCCUGUCCUGGACGGUGACCUUUGUGAUCCCGGGGAGAAGGGGGGCAAGAAGUAGGCAUCAUGAUGACUUUGAGACGUCGGGUGCUCCAAAAUCCAGAACUUUACUAGAGAUGUUUUUCAAUGUUGGAGAUGCUGCGUGACAACAGACUGAAGGCUGAUGGUUGCCACACACUGCAGUCUUUUUUCCUCAUGUGAUGCCCAACACAAGAGGAGAUUAUUAUAUCUCAGAUGGACCAUAAAGGCGAGGCGUUUAGCAUAUCUGAGCAAACGUUGGGCUAAAGGACUCCUCCCAGAGCCAACAUGGUGUCUGAUCUUCUGCUGCACUGAUGUGGGACUCUUUGUGCAGCAGGAUUCAAUAUGGAACCAUCAUUUCAUACUGUAAGCUAAGCAGAUUUAUAUGAAAAAAACAAGACAGCUGUUAUUUUAUUAUUGCCAUAAUAUUAUUAUUGAUAUGUGUUGUUGACUUUAAUUUAUAUAUCAGACAAUUGACAUGUUGUAGCAAGAGCCAGAUCCAUGAAUAUAAUUGCUUUAUAAAAGUUUUAAAGGGAAACAAAAGCUAUUUAUGUAUUUGUUGUGUACUUUAGUGUUACUGUUUGAAGAGAAAAAUGCUCAAAUGUGACUCAGCUGUUGCACCACCGCAGGGAAAAAGUACUGUAUUGUAUUAUGCCUCGUGUACAGGGCGUUGUGGAGAAAACAAACUGAAGGUAUUCAUGUAAACAUAUGUUUCACUUGAUAAGAAUUAUUUAAAAACCAGCAAUAUAAUCUUUUUCAAGGUUUACUCAUGACUGCCAUCUUUAUUUUAUUGAAAUGAUGUGGAAAAACCUGUUAGAAAAACAAACUAAAUAAAUGUGAAUUUAUACGUUUAUGAUUAUAAAUAACAGUAAAACAAAUCUAUGGAAUGACAGGAGUGCCACAAAUAUGGAAAAAAAAGUACUAAAAUUUAAAUACUAGACAGAAAAAAA